AUGGACUAUGUUUAUGAUACAGUUGAAACCUAUAUGAUUGAUACCAACACAGAAUCAUACAUUGUUAAUAGUAUACCAAUUGAGAAUUUUAAGUAUAAGCAACUUCAAGAAUAUAUUCAUUUAUAUCAGGGCAGAAUAUCCCAAGAGUCAAGAGAUAAAGAGAUAUCAAAGAAUAAGUCGACAACAACAAUUAGUAAUAGAACUAUUCAACCACCUGUCGCAAACAGUAGAAGUAAGAAAAGUGCCAAAACAACAACUACAAUUACAACAACUUCGACAUCAUUAAAUAAUAUAAAUAAUAGCAAUAAUAAUAAUAGUAAUAAUAGUAAUAGUAAUGGCGAUGGAAAUGCGAUAAUAACAAAAUCGACAACUAUUAUACCAAGAUUAUCAUCACAAACAAAUGGAAAUUUUGGUACUACUACCACAACCACUACUACAACAACAACCACAACAUCAAAAGAAAUUGACGGAGCAUCAUCAUCAUCAUCAUCAUCCACAACCAAUGGCUCUAUUGGGAUUGGAUUAGAAGAAAAACAGUUUCAAUGUAAAAUAUGUAAAGAUAUAUUGUCCUAUAGAUCAUCAUUAUUAAGACACUUAAAAAAUAAACAUUCAAUAAAAGAAGAGUACGAUGUGUAUAUUAUAACAAUCGAUAGUUCAAAUAAUUUUAAUAUUAUUAAUAAUAAUAAUAAUAAUAACAAUAAUAAUAAUAACAAUAAUAAUAAUAAUAAUAAUAAUAAUAAUAAUAAUAAUAAUAAUAAUAAUAAUAAUAAUAAUAAUAAUAAUAAUAGUAAUAAUAAUGAAAUAAUUUCAACCAAAUAUCAUAAAAGGAAACAUAUAGUUGAAAAAGAAACAAAUAGUAGUGACGAUGAUGAAGAGGAUAUAAUAGAUAAUGCAAACACAAAUAAUAAUAAUAAUAAUGGUAACAAUAAUAUUAUAAUUAUAAAACAAGAUACAGAUUCAUUUCAUAAUAUAUUAAAUACAAGUUGUAAUAGUAAUAAUGGUAGUAGUAGUGGCAGUAAUAGUAAUAGUAAUAAUAAUAGUAGUAGUAGUGGAAUAAUAAAUAUAUCAAAUCCAACUGUACCUUCACCAAUUCAACAUCCUCAAAACCACCAACACAUACAUCAUACACAACCAAUAAUACAUCAAAGUCAUAUAACUCAAAAUAAUCAACAGCACCAGCACCAGCAACAACACCAGCAACAACACCAACAACAGCAACAUCAUCACCAUCAUCAUCAACAACAGCAAUCACCUCAUUUAAAUCAACACAAUCAACAGCAUAUAGUUCAACUUCAACAACAGCAACAACAUCAAAAUCAAAAUCAAAAUCAAAAUCAACAACAACAGCAACAACAACAAAUUCAACAAAUUCAACAACAACAACAACAACAACAACAACAACAACAACAAUUACAACAACAACAACAACAACAACAACAUCAUCAUCAUCAUCAAAACCAAUCUCAACCUCAACCUCAACCUCAACCUCAGCAACAUAAUCACCAACAAUUAACAAUUGAUUUUAAUAAUACAUUAAUUAAUCCAUGUGUUUUAGAAAAGUUAUUAUUGGAUAAUUUUAAUUUUUACCCAAUAAUUUAUAGAUUAUCAGGUGUUGGAUAUUAUAUAAUACCGAAACUUUCAAGAGAAUUUGUAAGAUUUGUAAUUCUGAGAGUUAUAGAUAAUGACAAUGAUAUCACUCGAAAACUUGAACCAAGUCUAUUAGUAGAACGUUUUUUUUAUUCACUAUUAGUCGAUACAUUCAAAAUGAGAGAGUUUUGCAAUUUAAUUAACUUUCAAAUUCAAAAUAACGCAGAUAGUGUUUAUGACCAAAUUGAAGUAAAAAGAAAAAGAUAUGAAAGAACUUUAGAUCUUUAUCAAAAAUAUUUUGGUUUAGAUAUUGACCAAACAAUUUGGCCACCUGAUAUGUAUUUAACAACAACUUCUUCACCAACUUCAAUCAAUUCUUCAAACUCAAAUAGUAAUAAUACUCAUAGUAAUAAUAAUAGUAAUAGUAGUAAUAAUAAUAAUAGUAAUAAUAAUAAUAACAACAAUAACACCAAUAAUAAUAGUAAUAAUAGUAAUAAUAAUAAUACCAAUAAUAAUAAUAUCAAUAAUAAUAAUAUUAAUAAUAAUAUUAAUAUUACUAAUAAUAAUGCUAAUAAUACUAAUAAUGGAUGUAAUAGUAAUCACAAUAAUAACAAUAGUACAGCCAAUACUCAUAAUAAUAGUGCCUCCAGCAAUAAUAAUAAUAAUAAUAAUAAUAAUAAUAAUAAUAAUAAUAAUAAUAAUAAUAAUAAUAAUAAUAAUAAUAAUAAUAAUAAUAAUAAUAAUAAUAAUAAUAAUAAUAAUAAUAAUAUUAACACUCAUCCAAAGUUAACUUGUGAAACUUUACCUUUUUUAAAUUCUCCACCAUCCUCAUCUCCCAUAAUUAAUAAUCGCCAUAAUAAUAAUAAUAAUAAUAAUAAUAAUAAUAAUAAUAAUAAUAAUAAUAAUAAUUUUAAUGGUAUAAAUAGUGGAUUCAAUAGUGGGAAUAAUAGUAGUGGUAACCAUCCAAAUCAAAUUACAAAUUUAAAUAAUUUUAAUAACCAUAAUAAUGGACAUUUACAAAAGUCAUCAUUUUGA